GUCAACCGCCCCCGCGAACGCCAAGGGCGGCUCGGCUCCACCUUUGCCUGUGACGUCACGAGAUUGCGCGCCACCCCCCUAACUGGGUCACCUCGGCGUGACCUUCUGGAUACACUGCUGUGCUCGAGAUCCGGCUCUACAGACUCCACAGAUCCAGUCGUCCAGAGUGCUCCGUUAUGGCCUCCAACACUUCCAAUUACAAGCUGGCUCCGGCUACGGGACACCUCAAAUUCAAUGAAAUACUACCCUACAAUACCGAGGAUGUUCCUGUUGCUAGAGAACUUCUUCACAAGGUUGUGAACGGCCUGCCCAGUUUUUUCAAAGAGAAAGUGCCUUCUAAUAUUCUCCCUUACAAGUUAGAAAACGAAGCGCAAACGAGGGAAUUCCUUCAGAAAGUGGUAGAGGUUCUGCUAGAUUUCAUACGUUCGACCAACGACAGGAAUGAGAAAAUUCUGGAUUUCCAUCAUCCAGAGGAGAUGCAGAAACUUUUGGACCUGAGAAUUCCAGACCAAGGUGUUUCUCUGCAACAGCUCGUUAACGAUUGUGCCACAACUCUAAAAUAUCAAGUUAAAACAGGACACCCAAGGUUCUUUAACCAACUUUCUUGCGGUUUGGAUUUGAUAUCAAUGGCUGGAGAAUGGCUGACGGCCACCGCAAAUACAAACAUGUUCACUUACGAAAUAGCUCCGGUGUUCAUUCUUAUGGAGAACGUCGUCAUGACCCACAUGCGGGAGAUUAUUGGAAGUGGUUGGAGGGAUGGAGAUUCUAUUCUAGCACCGGGUGGCUCGAUAUCAAACUUAUACGCCUUUCUAGCAGCUAGGCAUAAAAUGUUUCCUAAUUACAAAGAAAAAGGGAUAGCUACCAUACAAGGCCAGCUUGUAAUGUUUACUUCUGAUCAAAGUCAUUACAGUGUCAAAUCCUGCGCUUCCGUUUGUGGCUUGGGUACAGACAAUUGUAUAAUGGUACCAUCUGACGAAGCAGGUCGAAUGAUUCCGCGAGAACUUGAAAGAUUGAUUAUUGAGAGAAAAAACAAAGGUCAUAUUCCAUUUUUCGUAUGUUGUACAUCUGGUACCACGGUCUUAGGUGCUUUUGAUCCUAUCAACGAGAUAGCUGAUAUUUGUGAACGACAUGGAAUGUGGCUCCAUGUUGACGCAGCAUGGGGUGGUGGAUUAUUAUUAUCAAAGAAGUAUCGACAUCCAAGACUCAGUGGAGUUGAACGAGCACAUUCAGUUACAUGGAAUCCACACAAACUAAUGGGAGCUCUCCUUCAAUGUUCAACAAUUCACUUCAAGGAGGACGGCCUACUUAUGAGCUGUAAUCAAAUGUCAGCAGAUUAUUUGUUUAUGCAAGACAAGCUGUAUGACAUCAAAUUCGACACUGGAGACAAAGUAAUUCAAUGCGGUAGACACAAUGACAUUUUUAAAUUAUGGCUUCAAUGGAGAGCAAAGGGAGAUGAAGGAUUUGAAAAACAUAUGGAUAGACUGAUGGAACUCUGUGAAUACCUAGUUAAAAGAAUCAAAGAACAAUCAGACAAAUUUUAUCUCAUCAUGGAACCAGAAAUGGUAAAUGUCAGUUUCUGGUACAUUCCAUCAAGGUUGAGGAAUAUGCCACAUAACAAACACAGGGAGCAAGAACUUGGAAAGAUGUGUCCAGUUCUUAAAGCUAGAAUGAUGCAGGCAGGAACAAUAAUGGUAGGUUACCAACCAGACGAUAGACGUCCCAACUUCUUCAGGAAUAUCAUUUCUUCGGCAGCUGUGACAGAAAAGGACGUUGAUUUUCUCUUGAACGAGAUGGAUCGUCUAGGACACGAUUUGUAAACAUAUUUAUCAUAAAAAAUCUCCUCGUAAAUGAUCUGCGUGUAACGGGUUACAAAAAAGUUAUUUAUUUCUCUAGAUGUCUUUGAUGUAUCUUUCCUCACAAGGUAAAUAAUACGUGUUUUGUGGAUGGUAAGAUUGAGAUUGGAAUUUAUAGUGACCUUGGAACUGUUUAAACAAUUACAAAACACUUGUUUCUUUUAUAUAUUUUUUCAUUUCUAAGUAUAGUAAAUCCAUCUUUAUAGUUUGUAUUGUCAUAAAUAGUUUCAAGAUUGGUAUGUGACCGACUCAAAAUUAUACCUGUUUAUAUCUUAUGAAACCUUAGAUUAACGAGAUUAAACAUUAAAUAUUACAAUUAUAGGCGCUUAAUCAUUUUAGUUUAUUAUAACUAACGUAUUAUAAUUUUCAUAAAAAGUCUACAACACUCGAAUACUGACUGAGAUAAUAGAUAAAUAUUCAACCAAUACUACUAAUAAUAAUGCUUCUGCAUAAAAAUGGUAACUUAGAUGCCAACUAACAGACUUUUCUGUAAUAUGGUUGUUUAUUUUAAAAUGAUUAAAGUUAUAUCAUUUGUUUACGAGUUUUUUUAAUUUUUACAUCAGAAAAUUUUAUCAAUAACUACUAAUAUUAAUGUCAAUGACUAAAGAAUACAAGGACAUGUAACGUCCAUAUACGGGCUGCAGCAGAAUUUGUUACGUUACACGCCAUCAUUUUGGAGCCUACGGAUGAGUGACCACCUCGUCAACAGCGAUAAUUUUAGCUAUUUUUAAUAAUUUGUCGUGUGUAGUAAACUUUGUAUAAACUUUAUUACAAUGGUGAUGUAUUCAGCUUUCAAGUGUAAAAGCCGCAACGAUAAGAAAGAGCCAGGAGUUGCGUUUCAUAAGUAAAUAAUCAGUCUACUCCACGUUUUUAGCGUUUUCUUAUUGAAUUUGGUAAUUAUUUUUCUGAUAUUAUAUGUACUUUAUAUGUGCUAUACGUCGAUACUAGUUUUGUACCUUUUGUUAACA